AGCACCGAGAGAGAUCAAAAUUCAAGAGUGAAAGAAAUGAUGUUGAAGGUUCAUAUAAUCCAGUUUCCGUGUCUCCCAGUAAAUCUACUGAACAGUAUUCCUCUGCACAAUCUAUUCCCAGUGCUGUUACUGUAAUUGCACCUGCGCACCAUCUUGAAAACACAACAGAGAGCUGGUCAAAUUACUACAACAAUCAUAGCAAUCCCAGUUCAUUUGGCAGAAACCCUCCUCCUAAAAGAAGAUGUCGAGAUUAUGAUGAGCGAGGAUUUUGUGUUCUUGGUGAUCUUUGCCAGUUUGAUCAUGGAAAUGAUCCUUUAGUAGUAGAUGAAGUUUCCUUGCCAAGUAUGAUUCCUUUUCCUCCACCACCUCCGGGACUCCCUCCUCCUCCUGGUAUGCUUCUGCCCCCUUUGCCAGGUCCAGCUUGUAAUAUGAGGUUGCCAGUUCCACAGGCUCAUCCACAGGCACCUCCUCCUGUUGUGCUUCCCGUACCAAGACCACCUUUAACACAGUCAAGUUUGAUAAAUAAUCGUGACCAGCCUGGGACAAGUGCAGUGCCCAGUCUUGCACCCGUAGGAGCAAGACUACCUCCUCCUUUACCCCAGAACCUACUGUAUACAGUAUCAGAACAUACAUAUGAGCCAGAUGGCUAUAACCCUGAAGCUCCUAGUAUUACCAGUGCUGGUAGAUCUCAGUAUCGACAGUUCUUUACAAGAGCACAAACGCAGCGUCCAAAUCUAAUUGGCCUAACAUCUGGGGAGAUGGAUACAAAUCCAAGAGCUGCCAAUAUUAUCAUCCAGACUGAACCUCCCAUUCCCAUUACAAACAAUAGCAGCAAUGUAACUAGAGUUGUCCUUGAACCAGACAGCAGGAAAAGAUCUCCAAGUAGCAUGGAAUGUCCACCAUUAAAGAAACCGUGGCUGGGAAAGCAAGCAAAUAACAACCAGAAUAAGCCAGGAUUUUUGAAAAAGAAUCAGUAUACUAAUACAAAAUUAGAAGUUCGAAAAAUUCCACCAGAAUUGAACAAUAUUACACAGCUCAAUGAACAUUUCAGCAAAUUUGGAACUAUUGUAAACAUUCAGGUUGCUUUCCAGAAUGAUCCUGAAGCUGCUCUAAUUCAAUACUUAACUAACGACGAGGCUAGGAAGGCAAUUUCCAGCACAGAGGCAGUUCUGAACAAUCGGUUUAUAAGGGUACUGUGGCACAGAGAAAGUGAACAGCAGCCCCCACUGCUGCAGCAACAGCAGCAGCAGACACCCACACAGUCUCUUCAUCACCAACUUCACCUUCAGCAGCAAGCCCUGGCCACAAGUCCAGCUGUAACAAUGCAUAGCAACCUGUCAAAGGUGAUGAAUAAACCACUGGCAUCUGGUGCCUAUGUCCUUAAUAAAGUCCCAGUGAAACGUCGCCUUGGAGCAGCGGGUGGAAACCAGCCUGACUUGAGCCAGCCUGGGGCUGUGGUAGAGGAUUCUCAGACAUUUCCUACUUCUACAAGCCACUCAAAAAUGGUUUACAGCUCUUCAAACUUAAAGACAUCUAUGAAGCCUGGUGCAGGGUCUAAACCUCACGAUAUGCAAGAAGCCCUUAAAAAAAAACAGGAGGCAAUGAAACUCCAACAAGACAUGAGGAAAAAGAGGCAGGAGAUGUUAGAAAAACAAAUAGAAUGCCAGAAGAUGUUGAUAUCCAAGCUGGAGAAAAAUAAGGCCAUGAAACCAGAGGAGAGAGCAGAAAUAAUGAAGACCUUAAAAGAACUAGCAGGAAAAAUAUCUCAGUUAAAGGAUGAAUUAAAAACUUCAUCUACAACCUCUACACCAUCAAAAUUGAAGUCCAAGACAGAGGCACAAAAGGAACUUCUGGAUGCAGAGCUGGACUUUCAUAAGAGACUGUCUUCUGGAGAAGACACAACUGAACUGCGAAAAAAGCUAAAUCAGUUACAAGUAGAGGCUGCCCGUUUAGGCAUUUUGCCUGUUGGUCGAGGAAAGACAGUACCAGCCCAAGGAAGAGGACGGGGACGGGGUCGUGGUGGGAGAGGAAGGGGCAUGUUGAAUCAUAUGGUGGUGGAUCAUCGUCCCAAAGCACUAACAGUUGGAGGCUUCAUUGAGGAGGAAAAAGAUGAAUUGUUACAGCACUUCUCUAAAUUUGGAGAUAUUGAAGACCUUCAAGAGGAGGAUUCCCCAUUAAGUGUUGUUCUAACUUUUAAAUCUCGCUCAGAAGCUGAGAAUGCUGCUAACCAAGGAUCCCGGUUCAAAGACCGAAGGCUACAGAUAUCAUGGUACAAACCGAAGGUACCUUCUGUGUCCACAGAAAUUGAGGAAGAGGAGUCUAAGGAAGAGGAGACUGAAACCUCAGAUUUAUUUUUGCACGAAGAUGAUGAUGAUGAUGACGAAGAUGAGGAUGAAUCCCGUUCUUGGAGAAGAUGAAACUUGAUGUUGGAAAUGUAUACUUUUAGGAAUAUAGUUCAAGCUACAUCUUUUAAACAUUUAUUUAAGGAAGUUGAUGAGCCAAAAAAAGCUUUACUUUCUUUUCAAACCACAAGAUUUAAAGUGAGCAAAGUUUGUUAUAAAAACAUUUCGGAUAUAGAGCUGUGAUACUAAGCUAGCCAAAGGCCCAGUAACUUUUUACAUAAUUAUCAAGCUCACCAGGGUGGUGAUUUUUUUCUAUUUAAGAAGGAUAAAAAGGGGGGUGGGGGGGAAUAUUAGUAUUUUCUUGUCCUCUUUUUGUGUCACCUGUAUUACCUUGUUUUGGGUUUUUUAUAAUGUGAUUGAUUUGUUAGUUUAUAAUUGAAAAGAUAUUACAGGUUUUAUUUAGCAAUAUUACGGGGUUAGGGGAAAGAUGCAAAUUUCAUUAAAUGAUAUGA